AUUUUUUAAGGAAGAUAAAAAAUAUUAUUACUUGAGUUUUUUAGUGCAGUCCUUUUCUUUGAGGAGUACAUACACUUGAUAUUUAUUAAAUUUCUGUCAGUGUAGUGUUUUAUUGAUUAGGUUUGUAACAUAAAUUCAAUAUGUAGUAUAAUCUAAUAUAUAUGAUAUAUAUAAAAUCAUAUGUAAAAAUAAAAAAAGUAUUGCUCUAAAAAAUACAAGUAACAUUAUUCAAGAAUAUUAUAAUAUCGCAUUUUCCAUUAUAUUUCCUAUAUUUAAUAUCUCGAUGUACGAGUGUAAGUGUCGAGUUUAGAAUCUCUGGCACAGCUCGAUUAUACGCGACUAGGUAGGGAUGCGAUCAGGUCGUCGUCCCGCAAAAUCAUUUCCCGCAAGUAUAGUACUUUCGAUCGUUAUUCAGCCGCGCGUCGUCGGACGCAUUUUCGUAAUGAGCGACCAAAAUUAUCGAUGAGCGAUGGCCGUUGGCUCAUCGGUGAUAAUAGCCGGUGGCACCGGCAUGCACCCUCGGCACCCGCUCGUCCACGCUCUCGUCUUCUCCUCGAUGCUAGCGGGGCGGAACGAAUAAAAAGAAGCGAGCCCGUCGAAAGAAGAAGGGAAGCGUAUACGGGAACGGGAUGGGGCGCGAGGUGAGAACGAGGGCAACACCGUUGGAGAGCGGGGAAAGGACGAGCGGAGCGCUGCUAAGUCGAAUGUCGAGUGAUGCCAAAGUUAAAUAUAAAUGCGGGACGCGAGAGAGACAGAGAGAGAGAGAAAGCGUCGCGACGCCCAUCCUGGAUCGAUGAUCCAGCGCCGGGACCAGUCUCUCUGUGGUCCGCGUCGCGAGAUCCGGCAUAGAAACUAAUCCUCUUCUCCUCUCUUUCAUUCCCCAUACCUCGCUGCUACCCCGAUCCGGGGUUAAUCGUUAUCGAUCAAGUUCCUCGCUCGUGAUCGGCUCUCGAUACUAAUCGCGAGUUUCGCAGUGAACGAAGGCAGAAACGGGCAGAAAAGUGUAAUUUUUCUUCGGAAUAAGAUUAAAUUUCAAUCGAUGAGGUCGAUUGGCAAUUGAAUCAAGAAUUCCCUGGAUUUGCCGCGAUGCUAGCCUAUAAGCGAGGCGAAGCGGCGAGCAGUUGAAGCGGUCCGAAAUGUCGCAACAGCAUCCGUCAAGACCGCCCGGAGGAGGCCACGUGCCUCCGGGUGGCUGGUCGGGACGAUCCAGCGCGCCGAGGGCUCCGAGCCCCUUCAGACCCGCUUCGCCGUACACGCCCUCGUCGUCGCCGCAUCCGCAUGGACGGAUCCAGCGCGGGCCUCCGACACCGGUUCAUCCCAUGUCACCGCUCGUCUAUCCCGGGUUAAUGAUGCAUCCGAUGAGCCCGGUGCCGAUCGGCAUGCCAAUCUCACCCGGGAUGUCGCCCGUCUUCGGCUGUCCGACUUCCGGUUACAUCCAGUGCCCAAGGCCACGAUGGCCUUCGCCGAUUCCAACGGGCACUCAAGCACCAAGGCCGUUCAUACCGAUGCAGAGUACUUUCAGAAGCGAUUCAGCAUCACCGGCACCAUGCGCGCCGCCGGAAUAUCUGAUAGCGCCCUACAGAGCCGGGGAUUACGAAUACAUCGGGGUGCCCUUAGAUCAUACGCAGACGGACGAGGAGAGCAGCGGCCCCAGCACAGCAGAGAUCAUCGCCAGUCAGAGUCAAGAUUACGUGGACGAAAAGCUCGCCGAGUACCAAGCUACCAUCCAGCUGUUGCAGGGUGAGUUUUGCGAAGCCUAGGGGAUCGAUUCGUUUUCGCGAUGGAAUCGUAUCGGUCACGUUACGGGGCGCCCAAUGUACUAUCAUUAAACCCUCACUCAUUCUCCUAUAAAACCCUUAAUUACAGCCUAUCUCCCGCCUCAAAUCGCGAAGCGAUUUGUUGUUGCGCACGCAAAUUUUGGCCGUGGGGGAUAUAAAAGUGCUGAGAUUGUGUAUCAUGUCUGUACGCGUGUCUCAUAAGGAAGCCGUAACAUUUUCGUAGAUUUUUCACUAUGGAAACACCAUGAAGGAGGAAUUUAUAUCAUCCAUAAUUCUCCUGCGUUUCGUCGAUGGAACUAGUUUUGCGAAAAUUGAUAUAUUGAAUUCCGUGCGAAUAAAACACGUGGGGUUUCUCGAUAUUUUGGAAAUCAUAAAAUCGACAUAAUUAGAAAUAAGAUUAAAGUUAUUAAAUAAUUUAUUUUCUUAAUAAUAUAUUUUAUAACGUGGAAGUUGACCUUU